GCGGCGCGCAGGGCCAUGUCGGCGCCGUGCCUGCGCCUGCCCGCCGCCGGGUCAGCACCGGCGGAGGCGGACAGCGCCGGCGGCAUGGAGCCGCCCGGGGCCGCCGCCCUGGAGCUGGCCCUGGAGGAGGAGCUGGCGCUGCUGGCCGCCGCCGGGGAGCCGCCGGAGCCGCCGCCCGCCGCCGCCGCCCGCGACCCCGAGCUGCUCUCGCUGAUCCGGCAGAAGGAGAAGGACCUGGUGCUGGCGGCGCGGCUGGGCAAGGCGCUGCUGGAGCGCAACCAGGACAUGAGCCGGCAGUACGAGAGGAUGCACAAGGAGCUCACCGACAAACUGGAGCACCUGGAGCAAGAGAAGCACGAGCUGCGGCGGCGAUUUGAGAACAAGGAGGGAGAGUGGGAAGGAAGGGUGUCCGAGCUGGAGAGCGACGUGAAGCAGCUGCAGGACGAGCUGGAGAAGCAGCAGGUGCACCUGCGCGAGGCCGACCGCGAGAAGACGCGCGCUGUCCAGGAACUCUCCGAGCAGAACCAAAGACUCCUGGACCAGCUCAGCAGGGCGUCGGAGGUGGAGCGGCAGCUCUCCCUGCAGGUCCACACCCUCCGGGAGGAUUUCAGGGAGAAGCAUUCCUCCAGCAGCCAGCACAUCGUGAGGCUGGAGAGCCUCCAGGCCGAGAUCAAGAUGCUGACGGACAGGAAGCGGGAGCUGGAGCAUCGCCUCAGUGCCAUGAUGGAGGAGAACGACCUGCUCCAGGGAACCGUGGAGGAGCUGCAGGACCGAGUCCUCAUCCUGGAGAGACAAAGCCAUGACAAGGACCUGCAGCUGCACCAAAGCCAGCUGGAGCUCCAGGAGGUGAGGCUGUCCUACCGACAGCUGCAGGGCAAGGUGGAGGAGCUCAGCGAGGAGAAAAGUCUCCAAAACCUCAACACAACCAGCACAUCCCUGCUCUCUGAGAUAGAGCAGAGCAUGGAGGCAGAGGAGCUGGAGCAAGAACGAGAACAGCUGAGGCUGCAGCUGUGGGAGGCGUACUGCCAGGUGAGGUACCUCUGCUCCCACCUGCGGGGCAACGACAGCGCCGACUCGGCCGUGUCCACCGACUCCUCCAUGGACGAGUCCUCAGAAACCUCCUCAGCCAAAGACGUGCCCGCCGGGAGCCUGCGCGCCGCGCUCAGCGAGCUCAAGAGACUCAUCCAGAACGUGCUGGACGGGGCAGACUCCACGAGCUCUCGGCGAAGCGACGACGACACCUUAGAGGAGCAGAUCAGGAGAACCAGUGAGGAUUCACGAGCCCUGAGGGAGUUAAUGGAGGGAGAACGGGGGAAACUGAGGCAGAGUUUGGAGGAGCUGCAGCGACUGCACAGCCAGGUGACGCUGCUGAGUGUGGAGAUGACGACGCUGAAGGAGGAGCGGGACCGGCUGCGCGGCGCUGCCGAGGACAAGGAGGCGAGCGAACGGCUCCUGCAGGCCAUCAGGGACCGCGACGAGGCCAUCGCCAAGAAGAACGCGGUGGAGGUGGAGCUGACCAAGUGCAAGAUCGACAUGAUGUCCCUCAACAGCCAACUCCUGGAUGCCAUCCAGCAGAAGGUGAACCUCUCGCAGCAGCUGGAGGCCUGGCAGGAUGACAUGCACAGGGUCAUUGACCAGCAGCUGAUGGACAAACACCCGAAGGAAUGGAGCCAGCUUGCUUAUUCCUUCUCCAGUGGCGCCAGGCGGGGCGCCAGGCCCUCCCCCAGGCCGGAGCAGCAGGGGGACGAGCCCGGCGGGGCCGAAGGAAACCGGCUCUUCUCCUUCUUCAAGAAAAAUUAAUUUGGAAAAGAGAAAACUCUCCAACAAUUCCUGCUUCAAGAUGGGGAGUGGGGCAGCUGCCCAGCUUGCUGAUGGACCCAAGUCUGAUCCACUGAGUAAAAAAGAAGGGGGCAAAGGAGUUAACCCUUGAGACUCUGCACUAUUUACACCACACCUGGUCUGAACCAAAUGUUUACAUGAAUUGGAGAUUUGCAAAUUGACAAUGUGAUUCUAGUAGAAAGAAACUUUUCUUAUUCUAUACGUGAAGUGAUGAACUUCAGGGUAUAUUUUAGGCGCUUUGACACAGUCCAGUUUCUGCUGUGAAGAAUUCUCUGAUUGUCUUAAAAGCAUUCUUAUGCUGGAGAAGGAAAUAAGCAGCCCCAAGACAGAGCGGUGCAGGGGAUUGAGAACUUCUGUCACAGCGAGCAGAAGGGGAAGAAGAGAGCUGAAUGCAAGAGGACAGAAGGGAGCCAUUUGUGUCACCCUGGCAGCUGUGACAUCCUUCAUCCAUCCCACUGAGACUGGAGUCACUCUGGCCCCAGCAAUACCCUGUUUUGACAGAUGUAGCUUUCUCCGUGGUGGAAGCUGAGCCCUCAGGGCAGCUCCUGCCUGGGCACCAUCUCCCCUGGAGCUCUGCGUGGCCGUUCACCCUCGCUGGGAUCCAGGCUCCUCACAGCUCAGGGCAGGGGACAGAUGGGUGGUGUCACUGCCCUCUCCAGCUCCCUCCUGUUACAGAGGUAAGAGUUGCAGGCUGUAGCUACACAGAUUUCUCCCCAGGAGACUGACCAUCUACAACAGAUUACAGACUGCAUAAAAGUUGUGCACGUUCAGUCCUGGGGCACCUGCUGUUCCUCCAAUGGCCAAAAGUAGUUUGGGGGCUUCAGCAAGUCACACACCUUUCCCCAAAGCCAUACACAUCUCCCAAGCAGAGUAAGAAAACUGGCAUUUUAACUGGAUAGGCCCCCAAAAGCCUAACUAAAAAUUCACUGGAAGCCUACUCCCAGUGAUGUCAGUCAGUCUCUGACACUGGGUUGGCAGACUCCAUCCUCAGAAAGCACACUGGCAUCUGCCUUCACUGAAGCCAAAGGCUGUCAGGGUGUCUACAAAGCUUUGGAGAGCCUGCAGGUUACUCUGCCCUAUGCAGUAAUACUGGCUGUGGCCUGACAGAAAGGAGUUUUGUCCCUUCCUGGGGGUCAGUUGCUACUCAGCCCUUCAGUGAGCAGGUAGCCAGAGGUCCUUUGGAUCAAUGACCAGAGCCUACUUUGCAUGACUUGAUCAACAAGAGGGAACGUGGCUUUUUUGGUGUAUUCCAGCACACUGCAGUGCUGGAAAUCCUGCAAUACUCAAGUAGGGACCUGCCCUCUGCACUGGAUGGGCACUUUACAGCUCCUCUAUCAGUCUGCCAUCAUAAGCCAGUGAGGAGCACCGGGCUCAGUUCAGAGAUGUCCUGCUGCUGUCAUGCAAUUUUCACACAUUCUCCGAGCUCAUAAUACCCAUGGGCAGGCCCCAGUUUGUUUCCUGCUGCUUUCAAAAGGCCACCACCUACACUGUCCCACAGCAGACAGAGCUGGCUGCACCUUCAGCCCUGCCCUGCUCAGCAACUUCGGUGCUAACACACCAUCCCACAGGGAGCUGCUAUCUCUACUCACAGGAUCAAGCUUUCUGCUAGAACAGGUACCAGUCACCUUCUAAGCAGCAGGUAAGAGGCUGGUGGCUUGGGUUUUAGUGUUAUUCAGCCUCCCUGUGGGAUAGAACAUCCAUAAUACCUCAGUACAAAUAAUCCUUUCUGCCUAUGAAGAUUUGAGCAUUCCUGUAUUUCCUUGUUACAUGAAACCACCACACUGGUAUGAGACCAUGUUGCACUAAGGCAGCUCUGGGCUGCAAGGAGCAGAGUGCUCUGAGAUUGGCCAUGAUAGUGAAGAGCUGAGUGGUGACACCCAUCUACAUGAAAGCAAUGAACCCUGGACUGCAGAGCUGCUUCAGGAAAUGCUUGGGCAAAGCCCCACCAAUGCAGCUUGAUGCUUUUGGGGAAAGGCAUCAGGAGCCUCACAGGCAGGGAAGGAAACUGAAACUUGGCCUCCCCUUUCUAGGCAGUGCUCAGCUGUUGAGUAUCUGCUUGUAGCCACUUGUGCAAGCGAGGGGAAGGGCUGCAGUGCAGUGCCACAUGUCCUCAUCCUGCCAUCCUGCCUCUGCUGUGACUCUGGACAGGGCAGGGACACGAGGCACCUGCUCAGCAUCUCCUGCUGCCAGGACUCAGUCACACCCUCAUGCAUUACCCCAGCCUUG